AAAAAUGCUUUGUUAAUAGUUUAAGUUUGACCAAUAUAGUUCAAAAGGUGCCCUUGCGUAUCAACUUAUGAAAAAGGAAGUUACAAAUUUUAAUUUGAUAAAUACAAACUAUUGAUAUGAAUAGUCUAGUCUUAACUAUUUUAAGCUUCCUGGAAACUUGGCCAAUUGGACUAUUAGUCAUACCCUUGAAGGGCAGAAAGCAUUCAUGAUUAACGUAACAGAGAAAAGUAGAAGUUGACUCUGAAAUCUUCACAGUUCAUCCAAAACUCAUAGUACAACUUUUCUUCUGUAUAUAGUGAUGUCCUUGAUUUGUUCAACAAAUCAUAUUUCCUCUUUCAAUGGCUAUUCCCUUUUCUUAUUUUCUUGUAAUAUUACUUCUUUUUUUCAUUCCAUUACACAAUUUAGCUCAAAAUAAUGGUAGAAUAUCUACUAAUAGUUCUAUUAGUGCAACAGAUGGAAGUAUUCCAUGGUUUUCACCAUCUGGUGAUUUUGCAUUUGGGUUCCAAAAACUUCAAGAUAAUAAAGAUCACUUCUUGCUUGGUAUAUGGUAUGCAAAAAUACAAGAAAAAACCAUAGUCUGGCAUGCAAAUAUGAGUGAUCCAGUGCCACAAGGAUCAAGAUUGAAUCUUGAUCCUCAAAGGGGUCUAAUACUUAGUGAUCCUCAAGGGACUACCCUUUGGAAAACUGAUUUAGUUGUUAGUAAUAUUGAUUAUGGCCUCAUGAAUGAUACUGGGAAUUUUGUUAUCAUGGGAAGUGAUUCUACUGAUUCAUUGUGGGAAAGCUUUAGAAAUCCAACUGAUACGUUGUUGCCAAAUCAAGAACUAGAAAGAGGAAGCUUCCUUGUUUCGCAAAGAUCAGAAGCUAAUUUCACUCAAGGUAGGUUUUAUCUUCGCAUGCUUGAUAAUGGGAAUUUGGUGCUUGUUACACAAAGUGCGCCUUCUAAUUCAGACUAUGAUGAUGUGUACUAUAACAGUGGUACCUCUGACUCAACAAAUGAAACAAAUUCUGGGGAUAAAUUGGUUUUCGAAGAGAAAGGCGUGAUGUACGUAUUGAGGCGAAACAAUCAAAGGGAAAGUCUUCCUACCCGUUCCAUUCCUCCAGCUACACAAAAUUACCAUCGUGUGACUCUUAACUUUGAUGGAGUUCUUAGUUAUUAUUAUCAUUCAAGGAUUGCUAAUAGCAGUGGCUGGAAUAUUCUGUGGUCUCAACCGAAUAAUAUAUGCAUUGAAAUUGAUGGAGAAAAAGGACCCGGGGCAUGUGGUUACAACAAUGUAUGCAAUCUUGGCCCAAACGAUAGACCAGAUUGUAACUGUCCAGAAGGAUAUUCACUGGUUGAUCCGAACAAUGCUUAUGGCGACUGCAAACCAGAUUUUUCUAUAAGUUGUGAUGAAGUUGGAAGGGGUUCACCUGAAGAUUUUUACAGUUUUAUCACGAUUCGUGAUACUGAUUGGCCAAAAUCUGAUUUUCAGCAAAUUAAUCCUUCAACUGAACAAGAAUGCCAAAGUGCAUGUUUGAAUGAUUGUUUUUGUGCUGUUGCCAUUUAUAGAAGCAAUAGCUGCUGGAAAAAGAAGCUGCCUUUGUCGAACGGGAGAAUAGACACCAAUCUGAAUUCAACGGCUUUUAUCAAAAAAAGGAAAAAUGGUGUUCCUCCUCUAAGUCCUGGCCUUCCCAAUAAUCCAGCAUCUCGUCAAAGCAAGAAUUGGCGAAAUUGGGCUGUUGUAUUGUCCGCGCUCUUAGGAAGCUCGGUCUUGGUAAAUUUUCUUUUCGUUGGUGUAUUUUGUUGGGGAUUCUUCCAUAUUUACAAAAUGAAAGCGAAGACAUCAAGCUCUAUGAGCAGCGUGGCAAACUCUACGUGUCAUAGUUUUACAUAUAAAGAGCUUGUAGAGGCCACAAAAGACUUCAAGGAAGAGCUAGGGAGGGGUGCAUUUGGGAUUGUUUACAAAGGGGUAAUGCCUAUCGGUUCAAGAAAUGUAGUCGCUAUAAAGAAGCUGGAUAGAGUUGCUCAUGAAGCAGAGAAGGAAGUCAUGACUGAAGUAAAUGUGAUUAGCCAGACUCAUCACAAGAAUUUGGUCCGGCUGAUCGGGUAUUGUAACGAGGGACCUCAUCGUUUGUUGGUCUACGAGUAUAUGAGUAAUGGAACUCUUGCGAGUUUCAUUUUUGGUGAUCUGAAGCCUACUUGGAGCCAGAGGACAAAUUUUGCAACGGGGAUUGCAAGGGGACUUGCAUACCUCCACGAAGAGUGCAGCAUACAGAUUAUCCAUUGCGACAUAAAACCUCAAAACAUUCUCCUUGAUGAUUAUCACGUUGCUCGAAUAUCAGAUUUUGGAUUGUCUAAACUGAUGAUGAUUAACCAGAGUCGAACGCUUACUAAUAUUAGAGGAACAAGAGGUUAUGUUGCUCCAGAAUGGUUCAGGAAUAGUAAGGUCACGGUUAAGGUGGACGUUUACAGCUUUGGUGUAUUGCUACUAGAGAUCAUCACAUGUCGGAAAAAUUAUGAGAAUGAGGAAAGCUAUGGGGCAGAGGCAAUUCUUACGGAUUGGGUUGUGGAUUGCUUUCAAGAAGGAAAAUUGGAAGCUAUGGUGGAAAAUGAUAUUGAGGCCUUGAAUGAUAAGAAGCAGCUCCAGAGGUUCGUGAUGGUUGGUAUUUGGUGUAUUCAAGAGGAUCCGUCGAUGAGGCCUACUAUGAGGAAAGUUGCUCAAAUGCUUGAAGGAUCUGUUGAAGUGACUACUCCACCAUGUCCAUAUGAUUUUAGCAUUACUAUAUAAGAUCAUAAGAGUCAUUUAUGUGCCAUUUCCUCCUCCGUAUGUCUUUUUUGUUAAGUUCGAGUGCUCUAGUUAUAUUACUUGCUUUCAUGUUGAAUAUUCUUUAAAUAGCAAUUGUAUCACCAUAU